CAUAUCUGUUUUUUCGGGCCGACAUCAUUUGAAUUAGUCGCUUCGUGACGUUUGAACGGUUCGAAACAUACACGCGACCACAGGACACGCGCUCACACUCACACACACUCACGCGCUGGGCGAGGCGUUACCGUUAACCGUUACAAGCUCGGGCCGACGCCAAAAAUUACCGUUAACUCUUUUUUGGAGCUAAAGUAUGUGAUAAAAUUCGUGCACUCACAUGUGAAUGGCAAAAACUCAUCCGAAGACACUUCCACGGGACAGUUGUCUAUGUGCGCUGUUAGAAGCUGGACGUGUAUCGAAUGGAAACAAAGAACUUAACGGGAUCGAAAAGAGGAUUUGAAUUUGAAUAGAUCUCGAUACGUUUUCGGGUAACUUUUAGUGACCAUUAAAUGCUAUCUGGUCGUCUAGCAGCAACUGGAAGCUUUGAGGUGAGACAAGUGAGCUAGAACGGAAGCGGGGCAUGUUAAAGGACGCAGAGGAGCUGAUAAAACGCUGCAAACUGACGUCGCUGCCGCUGGCGCUGCAUAUGAACGAAUACGGCCGCCAGGUGGCGCCAGCGCCACUUGCCGCGCUGCCGCUGCUGGCCAAGCCAACCAACACGACGCCGCCGGGAGUGGCCGUGACGGCUGGGUCGGGAGCAGGAGCAGGAGCAGGAACGSGAACGGGACCCGGAACAGGAGCKAGCACCAUCUCUGACCACCAUCAUCAGCAGCUACACACGCAUCAUCAGCUGUCCCUGCCGCUGCCUCUGCCUCUGCCUUUAUCGCUGCCCAUGCCCAUGCCGGCGACGUCGACGCACAGCCACGCCCAUGCUGCGAUGCACACGACGCCACCCACAACACCGCCCACGCCGCCAGCCUUGCCGCUGAACAUGAGCCAAGCCGCGAGUGCGACUGCAGCAGCGACAGCAACAGCUGCUGCUGCUAUGCCCACAACGACGCACAGUCCACCUGCCACGCCCACAGCGGUGAGCGCCGCCCUGGCAGCCACACAGGAUCACUACAGCCUGCGCUGGAACAACCAUCAGAAUCACAUCCUGCGCGCCUUCGAUGCCCUGCUGCAGACCAAGACGCUGGUGGACGUGACCCUCGUCUGUGCAGAGACCUCGAUACGCGCCCACAAGAUGGUCUUGUCCGCCUGCUCGCCCUUCUUCCAGCGCGUCUUCGCGGAGACGCCCUGCAAGCAUCCGGUAAUAGUCUUGAAGGACUUCCGCGGCUGGGUCGUUCAGGCGAUUGUGGACUUUAUGUAUCGGGGAGAGAUCAGUGUGCCCCAACAGCGCUUGCAGACACUCAUACAGGCAGGUGAAUCGCUUCAGGUGCGCGGCCUGGUCGAGAGCUCUGUGCCAGAGCAUACGCCCACGCCGGCCGCCUCGCCUGAUGACUUCAAUCUGCUGGACGCCUCGCUACUGUCGUCCAGCUACGAAGACGAGUCGCCUUCGAUGGUGAGGCCAACGAGUGGCAAGCUAAUCAUGCCUGGUCGGCUCUUUGGCAGUCCGGCUAGCACUAUGGCGGCACUCAGUCUGCGUCGCAAGCGGGAGCAGGAGUGCGAACGGGAGCCUGAGAGCGAUCAGGAAUUGGGCGGCAGUUCGCCCAUGCCGCGUCGCAAGCAGGCGCGUCCACGUCGACGAUCCGGCGAUGUGCCGCAUGACUUUGCGCUCAGCAAACCGGAGACGUCGGAGUCGGCGCUGCAAACUGUGAUCAAACACGAGCUGCGGGAGGAACAGGAUCAGGAUCAGGACCAGGACCUAGACCGGGAGCAAAACGACAAGCAUUCCACAACGGAUGACGUAAUUCCCAUGGAUCAGGAUGAGCAGCAGACAGACGCUCCUCCUGCUGAGCCUGAGCAACAGCAGCAGCAGCAUCAGCAGCAGCAGAAGGAUAACCUUGAGCCAGAGCAAGAGCAGGCGAUGCCACUCAUCACGUCCAAUCAGCAGGCUGAGCCUGAGCUAGAGGAGGAAGAGGAUGAAGAUCGAGAACAGGAGCAGGAUCAAGAGCAGGAAGAGGCUGAGAACGAGCGGGAGCCCGAUCACGAUCACGAUCAUGAUCGGGAGCAUGAUCACGAUCAUGAACACGAUCCGGACGAGGAUGAGGACGAACAGGACAUCGAAGAGCUUAUACACACGACCAACGAACUGCGCAGGCAGGCGGCUGUGGCCGCGGCUAACGCAGCAGCAAUGUCACCUUGUCCCAGCGAUGGGCCGGAGGAUUUGUGCACCACCAAGAAGGACAAGGACACUAGCAACUGCCACUCCUCCGACAAUGAGAGCAACACGAACAACAACAACAGCAGCAGCAACAACAACAACAGCAGUAAACUGCAAGACAACAAUCAGCGCAUCAUGUUAUCCUUAAAGGACAUCAGACAGCUCAAUGCCAAACCCAGCGCCAGCUCCACGCCCAGCCACACGCCCAACAGCUGUACGCCCGGCAACAACGGGCUGUUGCCCUUCCCCCCACCCGGCAUGCGACCACCCGGCCUGCCCGACAGCCCGCCCUGCCACAUGGAUGCACUGGAGGCACAGAUGCAUGCGGCAGCCGCUGCCGCCGUUGCCGCUGCAGGCGCCGCUGGCGAGAAUCCGUUCCAUCACAUGGAGCAUCAAAUGGAAAUGUCGCUGGCCGCGGCAGCAGCAGCGGCAGCCAUGCAUCAGCGCGAGGGGCGUGAUCCGCGCGAGACGCGCGAGCAGGCGCUGCAGCGCGAGCACAAUGCAUUCGCCAACAAUCUGCUGGGACCGAUGGGUUUGCCGCCCUUCGGGUCGCACAAUGGUGGAACGGGGCCGGGCCAGGCGCCGCACGAGCGGCUUGAGGAGAGUAUGAAUCGGCUGAGCAAGGAGUUCGGCAAGGAGUUUGGCAAGGAGUUUGGCAAGGACUUCGGCAAAGACUUUGGCAAGGAUUUUGGCAAGGACUUCGGCAAAGACUUCUGCAAAGAAUUCGCUCCCACCUCACCGAUGAGCCUGCCCGGCCACUAUAAUCCGCAGGAUGGACAGCCGCAUCCGCCGUCGCCGCUGCCCUUUCCCGUGUUUGGCCUGGACUCGCCGCUUGGCCUAUUUCCGCCCGGCAUCGAUCCUGGCAAGCUCUACAACCCGCUAAUGGAAAUGAGUGAUCCACGCGAUAUGCCCGGCGGUCCUCCGCCGUUUCUCAAAAAGAAAAUGCCACGCCCCAAAGGACAGCACUCGGCGCCACGCGGCGGGCCGCCACGUUCGUGGACCAACACGGAGCUGACGGAGGCACUGCAGCACGUGUGGAACAAGAAGAUGACCACGUCUCAGGCGUCGCGCAUCUUUGGCAUUCCCUACAACUCGCUGCUGAUGUACGUGCGGGGCAAGUACGGCAAGAGCUUGAAGCUGGAGCAGCUGCGCAAGGACUGCAUCAGCGGACCGCCCAUCGAGAUGCUGCAGAUGGGCAUCAGCGGCGGUGGCAGUGGCGGCUCCAAGAGCGAGAAAAAGGAGCGCAAGGAAAAGGACAAGGAGAAGAACGCCCAUGCCAACUCGAGCGGCAACAACAGCAACGCCAAUGGCAGCGGCAAUAGCAGUGGCUCCGGUGGUGGCCCACCACCCAUGCCACAUCCCAGCGAACUGGGCGGCCUGGGUCCGCUCGACUUGGAGCUGGGCCUGCCGCUGGGUCCGCCCACUGGGCCCCGCAGCGGCAGCUCAGAGCCGGAUCUGCUGGGCGGCCCCAACGCGCUGUUCAACCCGUUUAAUCCGCAAGGCUUCUACCCGGACUUUUCCGGUGGCUUCCCCGGCCUUCCGCUCAGCAUGCUCAACCUGCUGCCGCCGGCGGAGCGGCAUCAUGCGGCCGUGGCCAUGCACAAUCUGGGCGUCAGCAUGGACGAGGACUGCAAGUCGGUGGGCUCCAAGCAAUCCUCCUCGCUGGACGAUGACUUCGCCAUGGCUGCGGCCGCUGCUGCCAUGGAGCAGCGGCGACAUGGCGAGGCGACGCUGGCGCAGGCGAAUGGGGCGGCGCAGGAUUGAAAUAUGUGGCGGGAUUGGGCUGCCAACCCAAUGUUCUUCCCGCCCUACGAGCUGGACGCCGCUGCACCCACCACCCACUCGCCUCCUG